AUGACCACCAUCAAAGGCCCCGGAGCUGCAGAGACCUUCGAUGGCUCUGAUCUCCGCAUUGCUAUUGUGCACGCCCGCUGGAACACGGCUAUCAUUGAGAAGCUCGUCGCCGGCGCGAAGAAGAGCUUGUUCGCUGCGGGUGUGAAGGAGGAAAACAUCACUAUCCAGACUGUCCCUGGUAGCUACGAGUUGCCCAUUGGUGUGCAGCGCCUCUACGCCGCGUCCCAAGUGCAAGCCAGCAACACGGGCGAAGGCAUCAGCGCCACGGACCUCCUCUCCUCCUCAACAACGGACCUCGCCAAAUCAACCACCACCACAACCCCCAAGAAGCCCUUCGACGCGAUCAUCGCCAUCGGCGUGCUGAUCAAGGGCGCGACCAUGCACUUCGAGUACAUCGCGGACGCGGUCAGCCAUGGGCUGAUGCGGGUGCAGCUUGAUACGGGGGUUCCUGUUAUUUUUGGUCUUUUGACUGUGUUGACGGAGGAGCAGGGGCUGGAGAGGGCUGGGCUUGGGAGUAGUGGGAUGCAUAAUCAUGGAGAGGAUUGGGGGAGUGCGGCUGUUGAGUUGGGUGUUAAGAGGCGGGAUUGGUCGGAGGGGAAGAUUUUGUAA